AUGAAGUUAGAUGUCAAAGAUCUAGAGAAGCUCGGACUAUGUAGUCGACUAGAGACUUUCAGCACGGCACAGCAUCACCACAGCUACUACAACAAUGUCGGGGCUCAGAUUCACGCCGCACUAACAAUCGUGAUCGAAAAGCACGCUUUCCUUCCCGCUAUUCCGUUGAACGAGGACAAGUCACACCCGCAUGUGUACUUCGCUUGCCUUCCAUCAAUCGACCUACGACCCUGCAUUGAGUUUCAGCGGCGCAAGAAACCCUUCCCACAACAUGGAGAGCCGGGCCAAGAGUUAGAUGCAUUGUUGACGAACCAACAUAACCGCAGCUUCAAGGACGAUAUUGGGACGAGGCCUUUCUGGCGGCUUCCGAUGUUCUAUCAUGCACUUGGUGACGGCGCUUCAGCCAUUUUGGUCCACGGUACAUUCCUUGCGGGUUUAAAUUCACUUGGACUGAAUCUAAAUAUAAGCCCGUUUGUUACAUUACCAUUACUUUUAUUCCGGCCUCCUUUUGAAACACUACAUCUCAUGUUCGUAUCAUGGUCCUACUUCCUCAAAGGAGUGAAAAUAUCGCUUCUCCUAUCGGUCUUCGCCCCACGCCCAGCAAAAAUACGGACAGGCAAUGACCUUCCCGCGACCACACCUUCCCCACCGAAAUUCAAGUUCUACACCUUCGUACUUUCGUCCAGCACAACCAAGCAGCUUGUACUCAUCAGCCGACAAAACGGCGCCAGCGUGACAUCGACCCUCCAAUGCCUCCUGGCCGCCUCCCUCUUCGACAACCUGCCCGCCACCGAUUACGACAAGGUGAAUAUCACCGGCCCAAUGUCCAUGCGGCGCUUCCUUCAAGACUUCCCAGAAGGCCAAAUGACCAACGCCAUUAUGCCCUACAAAUACGUACACGAGCGUCUCGCCCAAAAUUCUGAAAGCGCAGCACUGACAGCAACAUACUCUUAUACUUCUUCUGCGACGCUGGGAUCGCCGCGCGCGAUCAGCGCCGAACUGUCGAGUAUUGACGUGCACAAGUCGAAUGUGAAAGAAGUCGAAAUUGGAAAGUGGGACAUUGGCAGGAUGGUGUUUGGUCAAUGUGCAAACUGGACUAGUGGGCCGUUUGGCGUGAAUGUUGUUACGGGCGGAGAUGGGUGUGCGAGAGUGAACUUUUGCUGGUUUAAGGGGGGUAUAGAAGAGGAGCUUGUGGGCAAGGUGGUAAUAGGGCUGAGGAACGGCGUUGAGGAGUUUGUGAGAGAGGUUGCGGUGGGUAGUAGGGACAACUGA